CACCCCUUUUGAACUUCGAAAUGGAAUAACCUAAUAAAUCGUCGUACGGCUAUAUUUCUUGUUUGUACGUGCCCUUUAUGGUAACAACAACAACAAAUGACGCUGUCAGAAUCCAUGAAUUCUUUAUGAUCCAGCCACUACACUGCCAGGUUUUGUGCUAGCUACUAUAUCUAAAGAAUGCGGACCGUCGUGAUUUUUCUGCUUCUUCUACUUCUCUGUGUGCAGCUCCGGGAAGGGACAUGCGUCCUGUCAUGCUACUCGUGUGCUGAAGAGUUCAGGUUUUACUUCUAUGACACCAUGUGCAUGAGUGAGGUGACCAGAGACAACGCAACCCUGUCCGACUGCGGCUCGAGUUCACGAUAUUGCAUGAUCGAACGGACCAAGACUAACGGUGUGGUGUUAGCGUUUUCCCGCGGCUGCUCGGAGACGUGUUACUGGGGCUGCAGAACCUCCGGGCUCGGCAUGACCACCGAGAUUUGCACGUGGUGUUGCAGUGGGAACGGCUGUAACUACUACAGCCGGGCCGCUGGCCUGGACCGGACACGUGCUGCACGUACAAUACUCACCACUGCAGCGGCGGUUUUAGUACGACAGCUGUCUCUUUACUUAUAGGACAUAUUAGUUUUACUUAUUGUACUUAUCACUGAUAGCAUUGCAUCGUCGUUUACUUCGAUUUAUGAACCAAUAUACAUGUCCCUCCUCCUUUAUACCUUUGUUCUAUCCAGAGCUUCUCACAAUACACAACCAGCCUCCAGAACAGAGAGAAAAAAUCGGCUGCUGUAGGCUGUACUAAUGAUAAUAUUGUCUAUCAUUAUCAUCAUGUAUUUAUAAUCAGGACCAAGUGCACUUGUUAUUGUCUAUACUGCUCUCUAGUCAAUAAAAGGCCGUUUGACUGAUGCUAUGUAACACUAACAGUAAUUAAUCAAAAUCUGGAAUGUUGCAAAAUAAUGGUAGUUCAUUGUAAGCUUUCAACAUGGACGGAAAACACUAGCUAUAUAAGAUACAAAGGCUCUUAUUUCUAAGACUGAUGUACUAAAGGGAAAAAAAUAUCUGUCCACUAGCCAUAAAUUGGCUAAAACUAACAAAAAAGUCUGGAAACUUGAGUUUGAUUGUCUUAUAUCUAAUGUUGCUUUUUAUGAUGGGCAUUGUGAUUUUAUUUGAAAAAGUGUAAAUAUUUGCCUUACCGUG